AAGGCGCGUUGAUGUGAAGGCGAAUAAACAUAUGUACGCGUAAAAUACUCGCGCGUUUACGUACUUUGCGGAGGCGUGUGUGUCCCUCGCCUGGCUGCACUUCCCACGUGCGGGCGUUGCAAAAUUUUCGCCGCGACGGAAGUUGUUUGCUCGGCGACCAGCGCGGGGCAGUUCGUGGCGCGUAAUUCGAGGCGGCGUAACUCAAGGGGGCGUAAUUUUUAAAAGUUGCACCUUUCGAAGCUGCCUCUUUUGGAACACUCCAGCAGCGUAGCCGUGCCAACCGCAUAGCCGCUCCGCCGCUCAUCCGCUCAACUGCUUAACCGUUGCGCAGCUUUCUUUCAAGCCGAUUCGUUCGAGGGGGCCCCUUUUUCGACUUCGCGAAGGCCCCCCGCGCGGCGGAUGUAUGCACCCAUGCAUCAGUGAGCUCCUAACCAGGGUGUAUACACGCACACGUGUGCUUUGCGUAUAUUGCAUUUUCGCCGUAGGGUAAUUUCGCCAUAACGUAAUUCUUCCCAUAAGGCAAUUCCUCCCAUAAGGCAAUUCCCCCCGUGGUGUAACUCCCCCCGUACCGUAGUUUCUUUCGCUUAACAAUUCUUGCCCCCCCUUUUGCUUUUUACAUGCGCGCGCGCUGGCCACCCCGAGGAGCAGCACCCACACCAUGGCGAACCUAAAAAACAUGCUCAUUCGCUCGUGCGUCGUAGCAGUGACGCUGCUGACGGAGGAGGUGAAACACAAACUGGGGCUCUCACCCAUCCUGUUCACAAACGCCCAGGGAAUAGGGACAAAUGAUUGGUUUAACGACUGGAAGAAUGACAUGCUGGGCGACUGGGAAAAGGACUUCAUCAGCGGAAUUGAGAAAAACUGGCCAAGAGGAUGGAAGAAAGAUUUACUAAGCAGCUUUCAAAACAGUUGGUUAGGAGGAAUAAACAGCGACAGCAUGCUGAGGGACUCCAUCAACAUCAUCCUAGCACAUGCACCAAAGAAGAACAGACAAAAGAUUAAUGAGUAUAUCAACGAGUUGCUAAGUGGAAGGUAUAAUGAAGUUAACCCAAAAAGUUUACUACAUAGAAUUUCAAAUAUUAUAAAAAAUGGAAAAGCAAAAAGCUUAUGUGAUGAUAACAAGUCCUUUAUCAUCAUAGGAAUACCUCAUUUGAUUUUUGGCUUAGAUCUAUUUAAUGACCUAAAAUUAGAAACCAUUAACUUUCUAAUUAGAAAUAUAACAAAGCAUCUGAAUGGCUGUCAAUUACAAGUGCAAGCCUCUGACGUUUCUAACAUUACAAAUGGUUGCCAAUCUGAUAUGGACAAGCAAAUCAUUUUUGAUGAUGAAAAACCGGAUCAGGUGAUACAUGCCGAUGGGUUACGUCUCUCCCCCAGCAAUAAAUUCUUCAGUAGCCUUCUACAAUGCUCCGUUGAUAACUUAGGGUCAGGGGAGAAAACGAUGAUAUGCGUUCAGGAGCAGCUAGCCAAACGGAACUUAAAACUUUCGGAUACUUGCUCUACUUGCUUUAAAGAAUCCGUCGAUUGUGGAAAGUCAAACUGUUGGCUUCCCUGCCUUUUCGGCAACCCCUGUGCGGACCGAUGCUACCAGUGCGCCACGGACAGCUGCAAUAAGGAGCUCAUUCGGUGCAGCGGUUUGGAGAACCUCCCUGGCGCCUGCUCGUGA